AUGAUACACAGUUUGUUUAUAAUUAAUUUAUCUGGAGAUGUUUUUAUGGAAAAACAUUGGAAGAGUGUCAUAUCGAGAUCAGUAUGCGAUUAUUUUUUCGACGAGCAAAGAAAGGUAAGCAGUCCAGAAGAUAUUCCUCCAGUUAUAGCAACUCCACAUCAUUACUUAAUCAGGAUUUAUAGAUGUGGAAUAUUUCUUGUUGCAGCAUGUAUGUCAGAAGUUGUUGAUACAUUUGAAGAUUAUUUUAAUGAUUGUACAGAAUCAAUAAUUAAAGAACAUUAUGUUGUGGUUUAUGAAUUGUUAGAUGAAAUGCUUGACAAUGGUUUUCCAUUAGCUACAGAAUCAAACAUAUUGAAAGAAUUGAUAAAACCUCCAAAUAUUUUAAGAACUAUCGCCAAUACCGUUACCGGAAAGUCAAAUGUGAGCGACACAUUACCAAGUGGACAACUUUCAAAUAUUCCAUGGAGAAGAACUGGAGUAAAAUACACGAAUAAUGAAGCUUAUUUUGAUGUUGUCGAAGAAGUCGAUGCAAUCAUUGAUAAAACUGGUGUCGCUGUUUUUGCAGAAAUUCAGGGUUAUAUUGGUUGUUGUAUAAAACUUAGCGGUAUGCCCGACUUAACUCUAUCAUUUAUGAAUCCGAGACUUUUCGACGAUGUGAGCUUUCAUCCGUGUGUUAGAUUUAAAAGAUGGGAAUCAGAAAGAGUUUUAUCAUUCAUUCCUCCAGAUGGAAAUUUCAGGCUCAUGUCCUACCAUAUAGGUUCUCAGAGCAUAGUAGCCAUUCCAAUUUAUGUAAGGCAUUCAAUUUCUUUUCGAGAGGGAAACAAUGGAAAAUUAGAUGUAACAGUAGGACCGAAACAAACAAUAGGAAGAACUGUUGAAAAUGUCAUAAUUGAAAUACCAAUGCCGAAAUCAGUUUUAAACUGUAGCUUAGUUACAACUCAGGGAAAAUAUUCAUUUGAUCCAGUAACUAAAAUAUUACUAUGGGAAGUUGGAAGAAUCGAAGUUACAAAACUUCCCAACAUAAGAGGAUCUAUAAGCACUCAAUCAAAUUCAGGAGCCAUAAAUUCAAAGCCUACAAUUAAUGUGCAAUUCACAAUCAAUCAAUUGGCAGUUUCUGGAUUAAAAGUCAAUAGAUUAGACAUGCAUCAAGAAAGAUAUAAACCGUUUAAAGGAGUUAAAUACAUAACAAAAGCUGGAAAAUUUCAAAUUAGAAUGUGA